AUGGAAACAGCUGUGCCUUCUGAAUCGACCUUUGUCAAGGCUGUACCAUCUAUCGCAGACCCGACCGCACCGUUGACGGAAUCCUACACAUACCAUUCACCCACUCCGACCGCUCCUGGACCAUACAUUAUGGGCGUUGAUGAAGCAGGGAGAGGACCUGUUCUUGGUCCAAUGGUAUACGGCGUGGCAUAUUGCCCAGCGGCAUAUCAAGAGGAUCUGGAUAAUCUUGGGUUCGCAGACUCGAAGAUACUGACGGCUGAUACGCGCUCAUCACUGUUGGAGACCUUAUGUUCAGAUCCAGAGAACCUUGGGUGGUCCGUCCGGGUCCUCAGUCCUCAAGCUAUUUCAUGUGGUAUGCUUCGGCGGCCACCGACGAACUUGAACCGUCAGUCUGAGCAAGCUACGAUCAUCCUCAUCCGCGGAGUGCUCCAAAGCGGUAUCCAGCUGUCAGAAGUGUAUGUAGAUGCAUUGGGUCCCACGAAGACCUACGAGGCAUACCUCUCCUCCCAGUUCCCGGGCAUCAACUUCACAGUGACCGCCAAGGCCGACUCGAAGUUCAAGAUCGUAGGUGCUGCCAGCAUCGCUGCGAAGGUCACCCGCGAUGCAUGGGUCAAGGGAUGGGUUUUUGAGGAGCACGACCUACCCGAUGCUGGCGAAAGCGGCGUAUCGAAGACAAAACCACGAUGGAGCAAAGAAUUAGGAAGCGGCUAUCCAUCUGACCCGAAGACACAAGCAUGGAUCAAGAACUCGCUGGACCUUACAUUUGGUUUUCCCUCGCUUGCCCGCUUCUCGUGGACGACCAUUAAGUUGGUCCUCGACAAGGAGGCUCACGCGGUGCAAUGGACCGAUGAUGGACAAGCAUCGCUCGUGGAAGCCUUUGAGAGUGGAACGGGGCUGGACCACGGCCGUUGUGCAGUCACGAAGGACCUGGCAAUCAAAAGUGUCGCGACCCUCUGA